AUGGCUGAUACAGACCUACCACUUGUUCAUCCGCCGAUGCGGACCGAUGUCAUCGGCUACUUGGCAUGCAACUCUGUCCUCGGUUUCAUAUCUCUGGUUAUUCUGGCACUACGACCUCUCGCGCUCUGUGGUGUCAUUUUCCAGGGAAUACACUCUACUCUCGGUAUUGGCUAUGAUAUGCCAACACACCCCGAACUCGGCGCCAACAUUACCUACAUGCUCAAAAUAAUAUUUGUCCAACAGAUAGUCUACCUAUUUGCCCUGGGAGCGAUCAAACUCAGCAUACUCUUCUUCUACCUUCGAAUCUUUGGCUCGGCCGGGCGCACGCGGCUUCUGAUCAUUGCCACCAUGGCGCUAUCCGCAGUGUGGAUGGUGUCCUUCAUCUUCGCGGCAUCAUUCUUAUGCAAGCCGGUCAAGAAGCAAUGGAUGCCGCUCACUCCGGGGGAAUGCGGGGAUCAGCUGAUUAUGGAUGAGAGCAUGGUUAUCACCAACAUCAUAACGGAUGUUAUCAUCAUAGCGUUGCCCAUGUACACCAUCUGGAACCUUAAGCUGCGUGUAGCUGAACGAUUGGGUCUCAUGAUGGCCUUCUCGCUGGGUCUCGCCGUUGUCGUAGCAGGCAUCUUCCGCAUCGUCUACAUCAAGGGAGCCGAUCUCACCCACAACCUCACGGGAACAUUGGCAAUCUCCAUCUUCAUCUCCCAGAUCGAACCCCUCCUCGGCAUUAUCUGCGUCAGCAUCCCCAUGCUAGCCCCCAUCUACAAGCGAUACCGACACCCCAAUUCGUCAGCGAGGUAUUACUACGAGCAGCAGCAUCCCAACUCUGGGGGACCAUCGGCCCGACAGGUUGGUGCGUCGGCGGGCGGGAGCAGAAACACGCGCCAUUGGGAAAUGAACAACAUGAAGGUCGAGACCGCAGCAACGAGGAACGACGACGAAGCCAAAAGUCUGGACGGUGCGGGCUCGGAUAAAAACCUAACGAGGGCGGCAGCGCCGCAUGGCAUCAGGGUAGAGACACGAUACUCCGUUUCGAGGGCCUGA